GGUGAAACAUAGAAAUGUAUACAGCUUAUCGUGUUUUUUAUUGUAUGUACCUAUGUAUUACUUAGCCACCUAUCAUCAUGUAAGCAUCCAGAAACCGAUAAUCUUAUAAUGUUUGUAAAAUGUUUUUUGUUGAUGUGGCAGCUAUAUUAGCCAGUGUGUCAACCGUGGUGGCUGUUGAUGUUAGUUGGCGAGAUAAGAAGUUACUGUCUGGUGUGUCAUCAACAUCAAGUGAUGUCUUAGAUCCUUGCCUUAUGAAUAAUCAUCCACUAGCCAGCAUAUCAAAUACAGAAAAUAAGAACAUAUCACCAGUUGGCAUCAACCAUCAGAAGGAAUUUUUGAGUUUAACAAGGCAGGAGUACAUGGAGAAGAUAAGAGAGCUCAAUGAUAGACUUGAUAUGGUGAAGAAUAUAGCAAGACCAGGGUGUUCCUAUGAGUUAUUGAACACAGCCUUGUGUUACAUGUCCUCACUUGUCACUAUUCUUUCUGAGAUGCCACAAAAACUUCAUGCAUCACUUUGAACAAAAUUCCCUACACUGGUGAUGACAUCUUAUUGUUAUGCGGUGUGCGUUUUCAUUUUUAUUUUCUAUAACCAUCUUCUGAUAUUUAGAGACAUAUAUCUGGUUAGUUACGAGGGUUCUCAUGAACUGCUCCAUCUUAAUUGUUGUACCAUUUGUAAAUUGUAAUAUGAUGAUAAGGCAGUCAUUUAAAUAGCUGAUGGAGUGUUAGCCUUUCUAUAUGAGCUAUUGUCCUAAUCACCCCCUGAUUAUAUAGUUUGCUUAUUUCAACUGCUUCUACUCUACUUUGGCCACUUAUAUUCUUGAGAUUGUUCAAAUUUGGUGGCCACAAACAGGUGCAUAAUUAUUAACCAAUCAGAGAGAAGUUAUAGAGAGUAGCAUUGGGUUCAUGAGAACCAUCAGGCCAUCCUUAUGCCUCUCGUCCCGAGGACAUGAGGUAAUGUGGCAUGCCAAGCCUUGUGAAGUACACCAUGCAAAAUUCCAAGACAUCAGCCUUCGUUCCAUUUUGUCUCUGAAGGUGACAAGUGGUUUUGAGAUGAGAGAGAUGUGAUGUAUAAUUUUUCAUGGAACUUUUGAGAUAGUGAUACUAUUAAACUUCAUGCAAGUUGUUCGUUUGUAUAUCUGAAGUUGUAUGUAGUAAUGUUGUGAGUAUUAUUGUACCAGACAGCGAAUGACUACUCCAAAACUAGUGUAUCAAUUAUAUCAA